UUAAUCAUGUCUGGAAGAGGCAAAGGCGGAAAAGGACUCGGUAAAGGAGGCGCUAAGCGUCAUCGCAAAGUUCUGCGUGAUAACAUCCAGGGUAUCACCAAGCCGGCCAUCCGUCGUCUCGCUCGUCGCGGCGGCGUCAAGCGUAUCUCCGGGUUGAUCUACGAGGAAACUCGCGGUGUGUUGAAGGUGUUUCUGGAGAAUGUUAUUCGUGAUGCCGUCACCUACACUGAACAUGCCAAGAGAAAAACAGUUACCGCAAUGGACGUCGUCUAUGCAUUGAAAAGACAAGGACGUACUUUGUAUGGUUUCGGUGAAAACAUGCCUGAGCCAGCAAAGUCCGCGCCGAAGAAGGGAUCCAAGAAGGCCGUCGCCAAGACGGCUGUAAAGGGAGGCAAGAAGCGUAAGAGGACAAGGAAGGAGAGUUACGCCAUCUACGUGUACAAAGUGAUGAAACAGGUUCAUCCCGACACCGGUAUUUCCUCAAAGGCGAUGGGCAUAAUGAACUCUUUCGUCAACGACAUCUUUGAGCGCAUCGCCGGUGAAGCAUCUCGUCUCGCUCACUACAACAAGCGCUCCACCAUCACCUCCAGAGAGAUCCAGACCGCCGUUCGUCUGUUGUUGCCCGUUGUGAUCAUGGCAAGAACAAAGCAGACGGCUCGUAAGUCAACUGGCGGCAAAGCGCCUAGGAAGCAGCUCGCUACUAAAGCUGCCCGCAAGAGUGCCCCUGCCACCGGCGGCGUUAAGAAGCCUCAUCGUUACAGGCCCGGUACUGUGGCGUUGAGAGAAAUCCGCCGCUAUCAAAAGUCCACCGAACUGCUGAUUCGUAAAUUGCCUUUCCAGCGUCUGGUGAGAGAAAUCGCUCAGGAUUUCAAGACCGAUCUGCGCUUCCAGAGCUCCGCCGUCAUGGCCUUGCAGGAGGCUAGUGAGGCUUAUUUGGUCGGCCUUUUUGAGGACACCAAUCUGUGUGCCAUCCACGCUAAAAGAGUCACCAUCAUGCCUAAAGACAUUCAGCUGGCUCGCCGCAUCCGUGGAGAACGCGCUUAAACUACGUCACC